GGGAAGGGCUUAAAGGCUGAGUCAAAAGCCAAGAAGUCUCUUUAUUUACGCCUACCUCCCAGCCCCUGGCAAUCUGACUAAUAACAAACUGAGCUAACAAGAAAGACUAGAAAGAACAGAGAGAACACAGGAGCAGCUUGCAUCUAAAAAUCUGACAAACCAAGUGAUCAAGUCAAGCUCUGCUGAGCAUCUUGUUUGUUUACCGCAUCCAAAUGCUUGCAAACAGUUAACUAUAUGCAGAAAAGUCAGCCUAGCUGUGAAGUAUGCUGUGAAUUUUAAUUGAGGAAAAAGGACAACUGCUUACAGGAUGGUCUGACGUGCACGGCUGCCUGGAAGAUUUUUCAAUCGAAUGCUUUGUACUUUGUCUUCUGAGCAAGGAUUUUAACUUUAUGGAGCUGUAGUAUUUACCGGAGCUUGCAGCAAAGGGAAACUCAAAAGAAAGUGUGCAUUUUUCAGAGGGAAUAAUUACAUUGCAUGGAAACAGCUGCUCCAACUGUGCAUUACUGAGUGUAUCAGGGAGUGCUGCUGCUGUACAGAAUCUGCUGGACAAGAUGAAGCUUUGGAUUUUUCUUCUAUGGUCAAUUGUGGUUGCAUCUGAUCCUUCCCAGUCACAGCCUUCUUUUUCUACAGUCAGAGGAUCUUGUCAGAGUCUGUGUUCCUGUGAAGAAAAGGAUGAUACCAUGAUUAUCAACUGUGACAAAAGAGACAUCAAGAUGAUAUCAGAAAUAAAUGUCCCACCAUCACGGCCUUUCCAUCUUAAUCUGUUAAAUAAUGGCCUGAGUAUGUUACACGUGAAUGAUUUUGCUGGCCUUGUUAAUGCGGUUUCUCUGCAUCUUGGUUUUAACAAUAUAGCAGAUAUUGAGCCUGGGGCUUUCAAUGGUCUCAGCCUUCUUAAGCAACUUCAUAUCAAUCACAAUUCUUUGGAAACACUUAAAGAAGAUACGUUUAAUGGAUUGGAAAAUUUGGAGUUUCUUCAAGCAGACAACAAUUUCAUCACAGUGAUUGAAGCAAGUGCCUUCAGCAAGCUCAACAGGCUUAAAGUGCUUAUUUUGAAUGAUAAUGCCAUUGAGUAUCUUCCUCCAAACAUAUUUCGUUUUGUGCCAUUGACCCAUUUAGAUCUGCGUGGAAACCAGUUGCAGACACUGCCCUAUGUUGGCUUUUUGGAACACAUUGGAAGAAUACUGGACCUGCAGUUGGAAGACAAUAAAUGGGCCUGUAACUGUGAUUUGUUGCAGCUGAAGAUAUGGCUAGAAAACAUGCCCCCUCAGUCCAUAAUAGGGGAUGUUGUAUGCAACAGUCCUUCAGUUAUCAAAGGCAGCAUAUUAAGCCGGCUGAAAAAAGAAUCACUUUGUCCCACCCAUCCUGUUAAUGAACUUGAAGAUCCUUCAGGGUCACUGCCCUUGGUUGUAACCACCUCUAUCAGUGAUAACCAUUUAUCAACUAAGGUGAUUCCUCUCCUGAAAGCUCCUACUAAAGAACCAAGUUUAGUGCUUCAUACUUCCAAGCCUACUACGUUUCCAGUAAUCUCUUGUCCUGUCCCUUGUCACUGCACCAGCCAUAUGCUCUCAGGAGUUCUUAUGCACUGCCAGGAGAGAAAUAUUGAAAGCUUGUCUGAUUUAGGACCCCCUCCUCCAAAUCCUAAAAAGCUUAUCUUAGCUGGAAAUAUUAUUCAGACACUAUUGAAAUCAGAUCUUGUGGACUAUGCCAGCCUGGAAAUGCUUCACCUGGGGAACAAUCGCAUUGAGAUCCUUGAGGAAGGUUCCUUUAUGAAUCUGACUAAACUACAGAAACUGUAUCUCAAUGGGAAUCAUCUUACAAAGCUAAGUCAGAAUCUCUUCCUUGGCCUUCAACACCUUGAGUACUUGUACCUUGAAUAUAAUGCCAUCAAAGAAGUUUUGCCAGGGACAUUUAAUGUAAUGCCAAAACUGAAAGUCCUCUACCUAAAUAACAAUCUUUUGCAGGCUUUGCCACCCCAUAUCUUUUCAGGUGUUCCCCUCACCAGAUUAAAUUUGAAAACAAACCAAUUUGCUCAUUUGCCAGUUAGCAAUGUCUUGGAUGAACUGGAUAUGCUGGUACAAAUUGAACUUGAAGACAACCCUUGGGACUGUACUUGCGAUUCUGUUGGACUGCAAAAAUGGAUACAAAAAUUGAGUAAGAAUACCAUGAUGGGUGACAUUUUUUGUAAAUCUCCUGGGCACUUAGCAAAAAAAGAAUUGAAAUCCCUAAACAGUGAAGUUUUGUGUCCAGGUUUAAUAAACAGCCCUGCCCUACCAACUCAUGCCAGUUUUGUAGUUGUGACAACUUCUUCUCCUACUGCCAACACAGCAGACACCAUCCUGAGGUCCCUCACAGAUGCUGUCCCACUUUCUGUUCUAAUAUUAGGCCUGCUCAUUGUGUUUAUAACUAUUGUAUUUUGUGCAGCAGGAAUAGUUGUUCUUGCUCUGCACCGGCGCCGAAGAUACAAAAAGAAACAAGCGGAUGAGCAAGUGAGGGACAGCAGCCCUGUCCACCUUCAGUACAGCAUGUACGGGCAUAAGACAACGCACCACACCACGGAGCGCCCAGCUGCCACUCUCUAUGAGCAACGAAUAGUUACCCCCAUGGUUCAGGUGUACCACAGCCCCUCCUUCAGCCCCAAGCAUACCGAGCAGCAACAGGAGGAGGGAAGUGAGAAGGAAGCUAAUGAUUCCAAAUAUCUUCGCCGAAGUCUCCUGGAAAGAGAGAACAGUUCACCGCUCACAGGGCCAAAUGUCAAAUACAAGGCUACAGAUCAAUCUGCUGAAUUUCUGUCUUUUCAGGAUGCUAGCUGUUUGUAUAGAAACAUUCUUGAAAAAGAGAGAGAACUGCAGCAACUAGGGAUCACAGAGUAUCUAAGAAAAAAUAUUGUCCAGCUCCAGCCAGAGGUGGAAGUUCGUUAUCCUGGAACACAUGAAGAGUUGAAGCUAAUGGAGACGCUCAUGUACUCCAGGCCAAGAAAGGUUUUUCUAGAACAAACUAAAAAUGAGUAUUUUGAGCUCAAGGCUAAUUUACAUGCUGAGCCUGACUAUCUGGAAGUCCUGGAGCAGCAAACGUGAAGUGAUACAUUGGGCUGGGGCUGAAUUUCUGUGAUUUUACUUUAAGGUGGAAUCAUUGUAAAUGAAAGUGCCUUAUAAUAACAUGUCAACAGUCAGAACUUAAGCACAGCAGUAAUCCUAGCAAAGAAAAACUCAGGGAUCACUGUGGGAAGCCAUGGGGUUGUGUGCAGGCAAUAUGUUGCACCCGAAGUUAGACAAGAAUUCUGUGUGAUUGAAAUGUGGGAGGAAGAUUGCUUAUUGCACUAUUCCUCAUCAUUUUGAAAAGGUGUUUAUGCCACUCUCUGUUCUGUUCUCUGUUUCCCAACCUAUGGAAGAAAAUGUUCAUUACCUUAAUCCCUUCUUUUUUCCCUCCAUUUAAUUGGAUUCCUUUAAAAAAACAAAAAGACAAAAAAAAAAAAGAAAAAAGAAAACCCUGACAACUGUGUUUGUAUUUAUAACCUUAGAGUGUGUAUGUUAGGUUAGUACAUGCACUGCAUACAUGACCACUGUCUACAACUACACCUAACAUACCUUUGUAAUAAAUAUAAAAGGAGUUGAAAAGUUGUCAUACUAAGUGUCAGUUAAAAAGGAAAAAGGAUAAAAUAUUUUUUGUGUAUUCACCCAGAGCCUGCAAAUAUUUAAGUAUUUUACAUGGAACUUCAUGUGUAUCAGUAUGUGGAAGGAAAAAUAUGUAACUAUGUUUACCCAACAUCUUCAACAAAGAAAACUGCAAGCCUUUUGCUACUUUCCCUAUCUGAUAGCUUUACCUAAGUUUGGACAAUCUUUUCUUGAGCUGCUGCUAUAAAAUAUUGUGCAUCACUGGUGUUUCAACUCAUAAUCCUGGGCAAUUUGAAAAGCUACUGAGAAUCAGCUGUAAAUAUGUUACUGUGUUGAAUAAGUUUGAUUUUUUUUUUUUUUUAAUCUAUAUAUAUACAUAUGUAUAUAAAUAACUUCUGUGCUGGCUUUAAAUAUUCUUGAAGGAAAUGAGUUUGCUGUGGCUAGGAAUUUCCAGGUGCAAAUACAGGUCCUUUUCCACCCUAACCAAAAGCAACACUCAGACAGAAUAACUGCAACAAUACACACAUGAAGAAGAAUAAUAGUAUUUAGCUAUUUGUACAAAAAUAUAUUUUCUGAAAUUAGAAGAAAAAUAAAAUGUUGUAGGAAAAAUAGGUUACAAACACGUAGAACACUGCAGGUUUAUUUUUGCAAUGAAUUCUCGCUAGAUUUAUAUUUACUAUUUAUUCUGUAUAAUUUUGUAUUUUUUUUCUUUCCAACUCACAAGAAAAAAAAAAAGCUUAUUCCUGGCUGAUUUUCAAGCUAAUCAAGGAACUGCUCUCUAUUAAUGAAAAAUAAAUAAAGAGUUUUUUAAAUGUCUUUUUCUUAAAGAUCACUUUUUAAAGAAGGCAGCAACUUCUGCAUGCACAAGUUUAAAACUAUUUGGGAAUUAAACACAACUCUCACUCUUGUCAUGUGGACAGAAGCAUCUUACCCUGAGUGAUGUAAGGCCAUUCAAUUUCUGUGCAUGACUGACAUGGUGCCAAAACACAAUUUAUGACCUUCAUUUAUCUUCCUCCAAGCAAAUCUUUUGUAAACUGACUAUGCAUGAGGUUUUCUUUUCUAAUUCUUAUUUGUAAAGUGAAAAAUCAGCUUAAUUAUUACAUGUAUACAUAUGUAUGCUAAAUUUAGCAUUGAAGUCUUGAUAAAGUAAAAAGAUAUAUUCUUUGGUU